AUGUCUACAAGUGCACCUGCAGGUUCAAGUGCUGCCUCUGGCAGCAACCGAAGACUUCAGCAGACACAAGAUCAAGUAGAUGAGGUGGUGGACAUCAUGAGAGUCAAUGUGGACAAUGUGUUGGAAAGAGAUCAGAAGCUCUCAGAGUUAGACAAUUGUGCAGACGCGCUGAAGGCAGGAGCGUCGCAGUUUGAAACAAGUGCUGCCAAGUUGAAGAGAAAAUAUUGGUGGAAGAAUUGCAAGAUGUGGGUGAUAGGGAUCGUCGUUGUGGUCAUCAUCAUCAUCAUCAUCGUGUGGAAUGUUUCCCCAUGAAGAACCAGUGCAGCCCCAGCCUGCCGUUCAAGAAAGCUCUUAAAGACAUUUGACUUAGAACCUGCUACAUUCUCGAGCUCGCCUACUGUUCUGUCUAAACUGAUUAUUUUCUGUUU